AUGCGUCUACGUACAAGAAUCGAAAACACGUGCAAAGCGCACUUGGAAUGGGUUAAAGGAGCCCAAAGGCCAGGUGGUUACUUCAAAACUGACUAUUGGGCCAACGGCCAAGAGAUGUCGUGCCUUGAUGAGGAUGAUGCCGUGGAUUUGGCAGCACUGAGUGAUACUCCCUUCCAAAUCCUCAAGUUUGGCGCCUUUGCUGCCGUCUUUGACCAAGGCGGAGGCUCUCUCCGCGAGGUCCUACGUCCCAUUGUUCAUUCUUGGGUGCUGCAUCUGGACAACAAUAACAAACGAGGCUUCUUCGCAUUCUCCCGCUCCAAAGGCAUGCCACGUGAAGACUAUCAGAAUUACCGCCUGAAGGAUCAUGCUUGCAUAUGGAGUGCGCUUCAGGUCGCUCACAAAUUGGGUUUGAGUGACGAGCUGGAGAAAACGGAGAAAACGAAAAAUAAAAUGGGCCGGCUGAAGGCGAAGCCCAAAGAGCCAAAGCAGUUGUCCCAUAACUAUCUUCCCGUCGACUUCCAAAAAAUUGUUCUCAGAAGGUUCUCCGCCCAGGACCCAGACUCGAAAGAGAACUUCCUUGCUGUUGCACGCUCAUUGUCGCAGGCUCGGUUUCUGUUCCGCACCAGAGACACAGCUUUAUUCUAUGACACUAAGAAGGAUUUUUUCAAUCAGUCAUCUACUUUAUGGAAUGCUACAAUUAUGGCUCAGAAGUAUCACAUGGACAAUCAAGACUCUGGUUGGGAUAGUCCUCUGCGCUAUGGCCUGGCACUGCUGAUGGCAACCGACUGCAAACAGAUCAACAGCAGAUCACCUAAAAAUAUGUUGCACAAGGCAAAGAGUGUCCUAUUCCAGAGUUCUUCUGCCAGCGGUAUAUUGCCUGGCAUGUUACAUGCGGGGACAUCACUUCCAAAAAUCUUCCAGCACGAAUCCCGGAGAGACUUUUACUGGCACAAUAUUUUUGAGACCCUAUACAUACUCUGGAAAGUCCGCGAGAAGCUUAGAAGCGAAGACGUUCCAGAUGUCGAUAACACGAGCGCAAAUCUGAAAAUUGGACCCGGAGUGGAUGGAAAACCCGUUUCGCACCGCAGGCACCUUGAGAUGAAAAGUUCAGUGUCUGUGAACAACCACAUCAUCCCAAACAGUAUUGUGGAACUAUCAGACGAAUGGCUUUACAGAUUCCCUGACUUCUUUGAUUUUGAACCCAAAAGCAAGGCCAAAAGUUAUCCUAAUAGACUGGAGGAUCUCAAAGGGAUACUAAUUGAUAUUCCAAAGACCAAGAAAAAAAGUGACGGCGAGAAGAGAGACAGAUAUCGGGACUAUCUAUCUGAGGCUGAGAUCUUGUCGGGUGUUGGCAUCAAAGACAUACUCAGCGAGACCAGGACCGCAGAAAAGGCCAAGAAAAGGCUCAUUUGGACACCCCAAGUUGACCCGGCCCUGGAAGAUGUCUACGUCGAUGCAUCGCCGCCCGGGGUGGGAGAGGAACCAGCCAUGAUGGCUAAAUUCUUUGAGAGACACUCUCGAAAAGAAAAGUAUUUGGGCGACGACAUAACACCAUCUUUAAAUGUCUGGAGGACCGAGUUCCAUUUGUCAUCCUACCAACUCUCGGAAGGGAAGGGUCAAGGGAAGAGCGAGGAUGAUCAAGGGAAGAGUUUAAGCUUGCUUGAUAACAAACGAAUUCGACUGGGUGGUAUGGGUUUCCGAUUCGUGGGCGAUCUUUUCGAUCGGUAUUGGACUUGCCACGUGCUUGAGUUUGAGCCAGAUGAUGAUCUUCGCAGUGAAGAUUUCAAAAAACGCUUCGCGCGAGUGAUUCGGAACCGCAUUCCCGAACCGGAGCGGCGGAUGCACCCCUGGCGCCAGCGAAAAGUGCUUGAGCUAAUCCUUUUUGAUAGGAUGCUGGAGAAGAUGAUCGAAAAAUAUCGCGAGAUGGUGAAGGCGGUGGUUCUUUCCCUAAAAGACAUCUUGCCACACAGGAAGAAUGACGACGCCGCUUCGAGCAGUUUGAGUAGGAGGGAUAACGACACCGCUUCGAGCAGCCCGGAUGACUCCUUGUUUUCCGACGACAUCUUCUUACCAGAGAUGAAUAGCUAUGAGUAUUUGAUGUUGCGAAAGCAGUGGCCUUCGCUCCAGUUUGCCCUCCAGAGAAUGGAAAAGGAUUUGAAGGAAACGCUCGAAAUGAUCGCUUUGUGGAAGACGCGUCAGCAAGACCGAAACCCUGAGCAGCCGCGCUGGACGCCCAACGACGAGAGAAAAUACCGAUCCAUCAUCACCAAGAUGACCACGUCCAACAACCACCACGUCCGCGAACUGGAGCGAUAUCAGUCCAAGAUCCAGGACCUUCGGAGUUCUCUCGAGACUAGGCUCUCGUCGAUACGGGAUGAGUUGAACUUUCAGAACGCCGAAAACAUCGCCUAUUUCACAUACAUCACGGUGAUUUUCCUCCCGUUGGGCUUCGGGGCGGCAACUAUGAGCACGAGUGGGUUGCCGAGUGGAAGGAUGGCCUUGGACAUUUUUGUGGCAGCCAUCAUCAUCUUGGUUCCCACCAUUCUUACAUUGAUCUUGGGCCCACGCAUAUACAACUCGGUGCUAAGACCGAUCUUUAGGACCGAUCGCGGCACGGUACCAUCAAUACAAGGACCAAGCGUUACGGCCAUUCGCGCCACAGCAUCAGCAUCGUCAACACGGCGGCGUCACGGCGGUAUCUUGAAUUCUCCCGAAUCGGGUGGAGGGCCAAAAUCCCACGUUUCUUCGGGGCAGGCUGGUGACAGUAACACCACGAAGAUGCCAUCAGAGGAGUUGUCAGAAGUCAUGGCCAGCGAGUCCACAUCGUUUGUCCAAAGGGUCAGAGACCUACGAAGAAAGGUGACAGGAUCAGGGAGACGAAGCCAUGACCGAGACCCCAACCCGUAG